UCUCUCCCGACUCGCUCCCCGCCGCCGCCUCCUCUCCCGACGCGCAGGGUUUAGGGUUCAGCAGCGGCGACACUAGCUCCUACCUCCCGCGACCACCGCCAACGAGGCAAGUUGCCGUCGAUGGCGUCGAUAGCAUCGCAGCUGCAGGUCAUCAAGUCGGCGCUCGGCGCUACGCCGGAGCCUGCUCGGCGGCCCAUCACCCGGCCGUCCGUGCUCUUCGAUGCCAAGGAGGCCGCCGACAUCGACCUCCGCGCCAUCCUCCCCAUCGCCCUCUCCGGGUUGGAGCACCUUGCUAGUGUGGACGAGAGAUUUGCGAGGUACAUCAACACUCUGUUCAGUGAGACAAGCCUUGAGGUGAACCGCGAACAGCUAACUCUCAAGGAGAACGACAAGCUCAACAAGUCCAUAUCCACCUACCUUCGCUUUCUAGCUGGCUAUUUGCAGCUUCCAGCUGCCCUCAAAACCCUCGAAUACCUUAUCCGCCGAUACCUGGUGCAUGUAUACAACUUGGAUGAGUUGCUGCUGUGUGCACUGCCGUACCAUGAUACACAUGCGUUUGUCCGGAUUGUGCAGUUGGUCAAUUUAGGGAAUAGUAAGUGGGCAUUUCUUGAUGGCGUGAAGUCCUCAGGUGCACCACCUCCCAGGAGUGUUCUAGUACAUCAGUGCAUCCGAGAUAAGGCUGUGCUGGAGACCCUCUGCAACUAUGUUACACCAACAAAGGAUUUCCAUCACUCAAGGACGGUUGUCUGCUUUUGCACUGCAGUGAUCGUGGAGUGCUUGGGUGCUGUCCCGAAGCUUGACACAGAUAUAGUGCAGAGGGUAUUGGGAUUUGUGUUCGACUCACUUAAUCCUGCAAUGACGGGAGACCAAGACUAUAAGGCUGGCGCUCUGAUGAUUGUUGGAGUUCUGGCAACCCGAGCGACUCUAGCACCUAAACUUGUUCAAAAUUUGAUUUUCUUCGUUGCAAGGACUGCUCAGCAUGAUGCAUUUGAGUCAAUUGACUUGCCAUGGCUUCGUGUCACAGUGAUGGCUAUUAUAAGUCUUGUUCAGUCACAAUCGGUCCAUGACUUCCCUAAAAAGCCAUUGAUGAUUCUCAAAGACAUAAGGGAUUUUUCUGGCGUGCUUUCUGUAUUAUCCUGUGAGUACAACAUCGAGAGAUUCAUUAGGCUUUAUGUUGAAUCAUUGGUUGACUACAGCACAUCUGAUGAUUCCUGCCACACACACCUGAUUGAAACUAUUGAGACUCUACCUCUGAAGAAUUUCGUUGAAAGGAUUGUGUUCAAGGUGCUUGGCAACUGUAUCAAAGUAUCACGGGCCACAGAAAGCCCAGAUAUAAAUCGCACAGGAAUAUGGGCUAAGAGAAUCUUGAGCGUGCUUGAAAUAAAAUAUCCAUUGGAGCUACAUGAUGCUAUUCGUAAAUUUCUCGAGAACUCUGAAAUUAACUCAAUGGGAGGGGAUUGUAUGUCCGAGGUGUUCGGCUUAGUGUUUGAUGAGAGCAAGAGCGUGCCAACUGAAAUCUCCGACUCAAACAUUUGGUUCAGUCUGGACCAUCCGAAGGCUAUGGUCCGUCAAUCCGCUCUGUCAAAAAUUGCUUCAUCUGGCAUCUUUAAGAACAGUACUCUAAAUCCACAGAAGUUUAUAAAUAUGCAAGAUGCAAUAUUACGGAAUCUGUAUGACGAUGAUCUAAGUGUUGUCCAAGCUGCUUUAUCCAUAGAAGGAUUUGCUGCUGUUGCCAGUCCUGAUAGCCUUCUAAAAGCAUAUAACGACGUGCUCACCAAAUGCAUCAAAAUCAUUACCAAAGGUGGUUUAAAAGCAUCAAAGGCUUCUGAUGUUGCUGUUUCAUGCUUGGAAAAGAUGGUUAUGGAAUAUCAAUCACAUCACAUAGAGCAUGCCAAGGACAUAGCUGCAGUAGUGUUUCCUCUCCUUAUUGUUCACCCAAAGUCCUUUGGUGUAAACUUGAAGGCCUUGGAGCUAGCUAAGAAAAUACAAUGGGAAUUCUACACAAGUAGUUCUCUUAUAUAUGAUGAGGUCACUGCUGACAAAAUGAAGAACAUGAGUUCAGAUUCCAUUGCUUCCAUUAACAUGAAGAACAUCAAAGCUUUUGCUGAAACUUUCCUAGCAGACCCAAAUAAGCAUAUGGAGUGGUUGGCUAACUCUGGAAACAGAAGUAGACUUUCUAGAACUUUGUUUCUACUCAUAGUGUUGCAAACAAUUGUUGCUCCUACUGAAGUUUUGGACAAGCAAAUGAAUCUCUGCCAAGCUUGUUUUCCAGCUCUUAAGGUUGAAUGGUGCCACAUAGAGCCCAAAGAUAAUGGUGUUGGUAAUGAGAUCAGUGUUGACAAUCUUGAGAAGAGCAUUGCAGAACUAGUGAAGCAUAUUUUCAACAGUGACACAGAGGCAUUGAAUGCUAGAAUCCUUGUCUGCAUAUUUUGGGGUCUUCUAAGGGUGCAGUCAUCCUAUAUUAAGCAGAAUUCUAUGAUUGUCAGUGGUGGAAAUACAAUGCCUGAUGAUUUGUUUCUCUUCUUCAUCACAUCACCUGGCAAAAACAUCUUUCAGAAGCACCUCCUGUAUCUCAUUGUUAACUGCACCGGAGCACCUUUUCAAUUUGUUUCAAAGUACUUUCUGGAUGAAGAUUUACCAGAUAGAGUUCAAGUGGAGAGUCUUCUUGUGUUUACUUCUAUUUGUUCUAUAUGUGCUUCCUCUGAAAGUAGUAGCUUCGAUGAAAGCAUAUGUAUGCAGCUUCUACUUGGCUUUCCUUCUGUUAUUCUCCCACUUGCUCAUGAUAACAAGGAUAUAAGGUCCUCUGCUGUUAAAUGUAUUGAGGGGCUAUCUUUGAUGUGGCAACGCAUGAGCACUUCUCUACAAAGAAAUGCAGGAAACAACAUCAAAUUGCCUCAAUGCAUAUCGUCUCCGAGCUUUGGUAUUUUCCUUGAGUCAGUGAUUAACCAAAAGACCAUGAUCUCCUCGGAUGCAAGAUUUCUUCCAGCAUAUAUUUCGUCAAUGCUAAGCCCACGUAAAGACAUGAUGGUUCCUGAUAACCUUCAUGAAAGAUUUGACCAGCCAACGAAAGAUAGUCUCCUUCAUUUCAUCUUGUGCUCUGCUAUGAAGCUCUCUCCUUAUGGAAAGUUCAUGGCUCUUUCAGUCCUGAAAGGAGUAGGAAGCAUCUUAUUUCAGGUAGAAGAUGUGAGGUCUUUGUUCUUCGAUCUUCUCUACCGUCGUGAUCAGUCUUGGAAUUGGCAUGGUUCUAAGCAGAUCUUAUCCACCCAUGAAAUGCAAAUCUUGUGCUUGCUUUUGGAGGUUUUGUUCUUGAUGUCAGAUUGUGCAAAUAUUGGUUUUGACAUGUUCGAACCUCUAGCGAAAGCUUUAAGGGUUGAUGCUUUGUCUUCAGAUGAUCCUGUUGUUGUAAUGCCAUGUCUUACUGUCCUGCGGACUCUUCAACCAGUGUUUUUUGAUGAUUUGAAGACAGAUAUGAAGGAAAUUUUUUUUGGGCGCCUUAUUUCCUUGUUUCGAACUGAGAACUUCGAAAUUCGAAAUGCCACACGAGAUGCUCUGCUGAGAAUUAAUGUUCAUGCUUCCACCGUGGUGAAAUUUAUUGAAUUAAUUGUAUCACUCGGUGGUACAAAAGGACAUACAAAAAGAAUUAAGAGAAAGGAGGAUCUGAAUCGGGAUGCAUUUCACAGUUUUAAAGAAUUAUUUGGAGAAAAUGCUAUAUCUUCUAUUCUUGUUUCUCUUCUAGAUAUUUUGUUUCUUAAGAAAGAUGUGAAUCAAAGAUUGUGUUUAUUACAACCACUUUUCCAGAUUCUAUCGAAGCUCCUUUCUGAUCAAUGGAUUUCUGUGAUAGUUUGUCAGUAUAACAAAGAACAUGAUACCUCUUCUGAAACCCCUGAUUUAUCCAGUUUUGUAAAAGAAGCUCAGCAGUUGGUACUGCUGGUCCUCAAAGAUAUUACGGAUACACUACAAUCGGGUCACCAUGAUGCUAUGUUCAACAGCUCAAAUAUAGAUCUUCUUAUCAAUUGUGUACAGUCCGUCAAGGAUGUAGGAACUCGGAAUCAUGGGUUUUUGUUGAUUGCUUCUUUGGCAAAGGCUUGCCCACAACUAGUUUCAGAAAGAAUUGUUGAUUUGUUUGUCGCUAUUGGGGAUGCUAUAAAACAGGAUGACAGCCAUUCACAACGUGUUUUGGAGGAUUUAUUAUCUGUCGUAGUCCCAUGUUGGUUAUCAUGGACCACAAGUACUGAAAAGCUUCUUCAGAUAUUCAUUAAAGCUUUAGCGGACAUUGCUGAACAUAGGCGGUUGACGCUAAUGGUUUACCUCUUGAGGACCUUAGGAAAGGAAAGUAGUUUGAGUACUGUGAUCAUGCAAUUGUUCUACUCAUUGGUUGAGCGGAUUUCACACCCUCUUUCUGGACAUCAGGGGAGCCAAGGUGUCCUUUCCUUGAAUGCCAUGUCACAAGAGUGGGAAUAUGGAUUGGCAGUCAAUGUGACUGACCAAUAUUCCUAUAAAUUAUGGUUUCCUUGUUUGAGUAAGCUACUAAAAGGAAUCAGGGUGCAUGAGAAACAAGGUCUGCCUCAUAUGCUACAUUUGGCAAUGAAGUUUAUUUUGUUAAAGCUGCAAGAUACAGAGCUGAAUUUUGAGCUUGAAUCCGACGAAGCUGCUAAUUUUAUCCAGGGUUCGCUUGGUGCACUUAUGGAGGAAGUUGUCUUGUGUACUGUGUUUACCAGAGACAAGAAAAGAGAAAUUUCUGGUGAUAUUAUAAAAGAUGUCAGAGACUCUACAAAUACAGUGCUCAAAAUAAUUACAGGGUGGAUGAGUGCUUCAACAUAUUUUAGAGGAAUUACUCAAUUGUUGGAUCAUUCAGACAGUCUUGUGAAAAGAAAGGCACUUGGGAUAUUAUCCGAAACUGCAAGAGGAAACAACUUGGUACAGAACAAGCAAAGGACAGCAAGAAAACUGAAGCAUGUCUCUCUUACUACUGCGAUUAAAGUGGACAAGAGCUCUGAUCCUUAUUUCAGUAACUUGUGCUUAAAGAUUCUGGAAUUGAUUGACAGAGGGGUUGAUUCGGACACUUCGGUGAAAAUUGCUGCUAUUUCUUCACUUGAAAAGCUAGCAAAGGAAUAUCCCUCUGAUAAUCCUGCAUAUAGCAACUGCCUUACAACAAUCAUUAAUCACAUUGGCUCUGGUGAUGCAGUUACUUCUUCUGGGUUAAUUCAUACUGCUGGCUCUCUGAUAAAUGUUCUUGGAUCAAAAGCAUUACUGCAGCUCCCAUUAAUCAUGAAAAAUAUAAUGCUGAGAUCACAUCAGGUGUCAUGCUGCCCUAGUGGAAAUUACGCUGAUGGUUCCACCAGAACUGCUGCUAAGCCAACUAAUCAAACUAUAACUAUGCUGUUAUCUAUACUGACUACAAUUGAGGUGGUUGUGGAAAAGCUUGGCGAAUUUGUUAAUCCAUAUUUGGAGGAGAUACUUGAUCUUGUGGUAUUGCAUCCUGAAUGCAGUGCUCACAUGGAUGCCAAAUUAGAUGCAAAAGCAGCCGAUGUUCGGAAGCUCCUGACUGAGAAAGUUCCAGUCCGGCUUAUUCUUCCACCUUUACUGAAUCUGUACUCUAUUGCUGUGAAAUGCGGAGAAGCAAGCCUUUCGUUGGCAUUCCAAAUGCUUGCAAGUCUAAUUGGUACAAUGGAUCGGCUUGCUGUUGGAACGUACCAUGUGAAAAUAUAUGAACAUUGUUUAGGAGCGCUCGAUCUCCGUCGCCAACAACUUGACUCUUUGAAGAAUAUAGAUAUGGUGGAGCAAAAUAUUAUCGAUGCCAUAAUCACUCUCACUAUGAAGCUUACCGAGGCCACCUUUAGGCCUCUUUUCCUUCGUACUUUGGAAUGGGCAGAGUCUGAAGUUGAUCAGUCCCCAUCAAAGAGAAGUUUGGACCGUGCAAUUGUUUUCUACAAGUUGGUCAACAAACUUGCAGAACAACACAGGUCGUUGUUUACACCUUACUUCAAGUACCUACUCGAGGGAUCUGUACAAUAUCUGUCAGAAGAUGAUGCUUUGACCGGCUCCAAGCAAAAGAAGAAGGCAAAACUUGAAGAUGCUCAAAUGGAACAGAAGGAUAAAUUAUUGGGACCAAAGCUGUGGAAUUUAAGAGCUCUGGUAUUGAAAUCCUUACACAAGUGUUUCCUUUAUGAUAAUGACCAGAAGAUCCUUGAUUCCUCUAAUUUCCAGGUUCUUUUGAAACCCAUUGUUUCUCAGUUUGUUGCGGAACCACCAGAAUCUAUUGAAUCUGAUCUGGAUACUGCAUCAGUUGAAGAAGUAGAUGAAACUCUUGUUUUAUGCAUGGGGCAAAUGGCAGUUACUGCACGGUCCGAUGUUCUUUGGAAGCCUCUUAAUCAUGAGGUGCUGAUGCAGACAAGGAGUGACAAAGUUCGCCCCAAAAUGCUGGGCCUGAAAGUAGUCAGGUACAUGGUCGAACAUCUGAAGGAGGAGUAUGUCGUUCUUCUCCCCGAGACCAUCCCAUUCCUUGGUGAAUUACUGGAGGAUGUGGAGCUUCCUGUCAAGACUUUGUCGCAGGAGAUUUUGAAAGAGAUGGAAAUCCUCAGCGGUGAAAGCCUCCGGCAGUACCUGUGAGGCUGAGGCUCCUCCUAUACAGUUUGACUCUCUUGCGCUGAUGAACUGUAGAACAUCAGCUAUGCGCAUGUCCUGUUAGUAGGUUACAUUGAAGGCUGGAGUAUGCAAAUUUUGAUGUACAUAAGCCUACGCCAAUAUUUUUGUGGGUGUUUUUUUUAAUGUUUCCACAUUGCUUUUUUGUCCCGUCGUGGGGAAAACACGUGUAUAGUCGUGAUGGUCAUCUCCACUUCAAUCUGUUCUGCCUGUGUAAUGUGAUUAGGAUGCCAAGAUUGGUGGGCUUUGCGGCAGUGACUUUUGGGUGGAUCUGCGUCGUGCACGAUGUAAGCACAUGCCGGGAACAACGGCACAUGGGGAAUUCAAAGCUUCUGAAAUAA